GUCUGUGAAGUGCUGAUUAUAAACUCGCUGCUCAGUAGACUGCCGGAGUGGUCCCCACGCUUCAGAGCUGAGCUGAGCUGAGCAGAGGGAGAUCGAAGGAACAGCCAUCGCCUUCUUUAAACGCUCGCUGCGCGCAUCUACUUCGUCUACUUAAGCCGAAGCAGGUCCGUCUGCCCAAGCACUCGGGCAGGUAGGCAGCCAAGCAGAAGCAGCUGCCGUAUGCUUCCUCCCAUCGCCCACUCCCACUCCACUCCUCUGAUCCUCUCCCUCUCCGCAUCGAUCCAUCCGUCUCAUUUAAACGCACCAACACAAAACUUCACAACCCCACAUGCUUCCUACGCAUCCAUAGCAGCGGCGGCAGCGUCCGCACGCGCCCCCCAAUCGCGGCCACGCGCUCUUCUCUCGGCUACUCGCAGCCCGCUCUGCCCACUGACGCAGCAGCAGCAGCAGAGCUAGCUGGACCGGCCGAUGCCGGCAGCGAGAGGGGCGCCCGUGACGCUGCGGGACUUCCUGGAGCUCAGGUGCGAGUCCAGCAGCGACGGGUUCCGCUCCUACCCGCGCCGCCUCCCCUGCGACGAUGACGCCGGCGUCCUGCAGGCGCCCGUGCGCCUCCUCAUCGAGGCCCACCUCCGCCGGAGCCCCUCGCGGUCGCCGUCCUCGUUCUUCCUCCCCAAGAGCCCCGGCGCGCUCGCCAGGAUCUCCAGCCUCUCCCAGAGCUUCUCGCGGCGGAUCAGGGGAGGCUUUUGGAGGCGCCGCGAGGACGACGACGACGAGGUUUACUUCGACGAGCGGGACUCGUUUGGGCUCCCGUCGCCGCUGGUUAGCAGCUGCUCCGCGUCGGAGUCGGGGUCGGAGUACGGCGAGUCAGAGGCUGGCAUUACAGCAGAGGAGACGCCGGCGUCGGCGCCAGCAUCCGAGUGCGAGAAGUCGUCGUCGAGCUCGGCAGACCACGACUGCACGGACGCGCCCGGCGCCGGAGGACACGGGCAGAAGGCGGCGCUGGAUGGCGAUUCCGCGGUGGGGCGCAACAUGAAGAUGGAGGACAAGCAACAGCUGAGCCCCGUGUCCGUUCUUGAUUUCCCCUUCGAUGACGACGACGGAGACGAAGGAAGCGAUGCCUCGCCUUCCUUCCAGCACUGCCCAGCUGAUCUCCAAAGGACGAAGGCGCAGCUGCUGCACAAGAUCCGACGGUACGACGGCCUGGCGGAGGCAGUCGAUCCCGUGGAUCUCGACGCACGGUUCACCACCUCGGAGUCCGGAGAGUCCGUCGACGCACGCGUGCAUCUUGCAAGCAACUCCUGCACUACUGACAGUGCAACAACGACGGCGCCGCGCCACGGCGAGGAGGAACACCAGAGCAUGGAGCAAUCCGAAGAGCAAGAACCUGACGAAUGCCGGCUGCUUGGGCGACUGCUCGAGGACACGGCCGCCGUAGACGACAUCUCCGAGGCGCUCCUCCUCGACUUCUUCGCGGAGGGCGUGGGUUGUCAUCGUUCGGCGGCCGGUUCGGUGGUUGGGACGGUCAAGCCGACGGACGAUCUCAAUGCGGCGGCGCUGAUAGGAGUGGCCAGCGAGUGGCUGCGGGGCGCGGGGCCCCGAUGGGGCAUUGGGGACGUGGUGUUCUCCGGGGAGGCGGCGCUGGCGGACAUGGAGCGGAGCCGGCGGUGGAUGUGCGUGCGCGAGGAGGAGCGGGACGUCGGCGCGGCGGUGGAGGGACUCGUGAUGGACGGGCUGGUGACGGAGUUGGCGGCCUGGUGGUGCGGCGACAGGCGGUGGAACUAGGAAGUGCACCGUGCAUGUUGUGUGUGAACGUUAACUUGAGUGUUGACGUGACAAGGUUUUCAUCGGACAGGUCCACUCGUGGGCAAAACAGGCAUAUUCUAUACAUGUCCGAGCUAGUGGUUUAAUUUUUUGGAUUUUAGCUGGGAUUACGACCCAUGUAUGCAUCUCAAGGUGAAUUAGCAACUUCAGUGUUAGCACGAGAUCCAUGUGCUCAACAGAAAACCUGUAACGUUUGCAGAUAGAAAAGGAGGAACAUUUUGAA